AUGUCAACAUUUGGGCAAUUCUUGCGCGUUACGACGUAUGGCGAGAGCCAUUGCGCCAGCGUCGGGUGCAUCGUGGACAAUUUUCCUCCCGGCGUCCCUGUGUCGGAAGAGAUACUUCAGCCCCAGAUCUCUCGUCGUCGCCCCGGCCAAAGUGCCAUUUCAACCCCCCGGAAUGAAGCUGAUCUGGUAGCGAUACAGUCGGGCGUUGAAGGAGGGGUGACGCUUGGAACUCCAAUUGCCAUGACGGUCAAGAACCUUGACUUUCGUCCUUCCGACUAUAAAGGAGACACCAUGAAGCAGUAUCCACGUCCCAGCCAUGCCGAUUUUACGUACCUGGAGAAGUAUGGUAUCAAAUCAGCAUCAGGUGGCGGCCGCUCCAGUGCCCGAGAGACGGUAGGACGUGUGGCCGCAGGUGCUCUCUGCGAGCACUAUCUCAAACUUGCCCACGGAAUCGAAAUCGUGGCGUGGGUUUCGUCUGUCGGGAGAAUCCAUCAUAUCCCACCUAAUACAGACUAUCCUUCGCCUUCGGGCAAUCCCGAGUUUCUACGACUUCUGGAGACUAUCACGCGAGAAAAAGUCGACGAGUUUUUACCUGUCCGAUGCCCAGACGCUAAAGUCGCAACGGAAAUGGAGCAGUACAUUGCCGGCUUUCGAGAUCGUCAGGAUAGCAUUGGAGGAACAGUCACCUGUGUUAUUAGAAACGUCCCAACGGGUUUGGGAGAGCCUGCAUUUGACAAAAUGGAGGCAACACUUGCGCACGCAAUGCUCAGCAUCCCGGCUACAAAGGGGUUUGAAUUCGGAUCCGGAUUUCAAGGGGCAGAGAUACCUGGAUCUGUACACAAUGACAUGUUUAUUCGCAAUUCAUCGAUUGCUGAUGAUACCGACACGAGCCUAAAGAGUGGCUUCGCAAAACCUAAGCUCGCCACCUCGACAAAUAAUAGCGGCGGAAUCCAGGGUGGAAUAACAAACGGUUCACCCAUCUUCUUCCGUGUGGCUUUCAAGUCUCCUGCUACGAUCGGGCAAGCCCAAAAAACAGUCACGUAUGAUGGAGAAAGUGAUGGAUUUCUGGAAGCCAAAGGCCGUCAUGAUCCCUGUGUGGUCGGUCGGGCCGUUCCGAUUGUGGAGGCUAUGGCUUCACUCUGUAUUAUGGAUGCGUUGUUGAUGCAAGGAGCGAGAAAGAUGGCUGCAUUCACACCAUCGGGCUAG